GCUGCUACCACAGGAAGGAGAAACAAGUCCAGGAAAUCACUUCAACAUGGAGCUGCAGGACGAGAACGUCAAAUUCCUCAAGUUUAAAAUAGAGAAACUAACGUCAAAAGUUACACAACAAGAGCUGCACUUUACUGAAGUAAAUCGUUCCAAGAUCGUGCAAAUAGACUCUCUAGAGACCAAAGUCCAGGCUCUGGAGAAAGAGGUUAAGACGCACAAGGAGAAAGCGGAGGAGUGGAAAGCCCAGCUGGGGCUAAGUCGAGAGGAAGUGGAGCGCAUCAGCCUCGAUAAGGCCGAGCUCCUGCUGAGAUUUCAGGAUUAUAGAGCAAAAAAUGCAAAAAACGAGUCAGAACUCCGCGAGCAGAAGUGUGAGAGCGAGGCGAACGCCAGGAACACCUUAGAAGAACUGAAGGCUCAUUAUGAGUCUGAAAUAGGGAGGGUGCAAGAGGGGCAUGAUGAGAGGCUGGUGGAGGAGAAGGAGGCGUGCCAACGACUGACGGAGUCGCUAAGGAUCGCCAAAGAGUGGUCAGGAAAACAAGCUGAAGAGUUGGAAGAACUCAGAGCUAAGCUGGCCCAAGUGAAGACGGAGUACAACGACGGGCUGGAGGACUUACGCUCACAGAUGGAAGAAAGAGACAAAGACAUUGCCGAAAAAGAAAUACAGAAGAAAGACAUGCGACGCAUCGAGUUAGUGACCCAGCAAGGACUGGAGACGAACAUCGAAAAGCUGAAGAAGACAAUCAGUGGUCUGAAGAACAAGGAAGACCUCAGCGGGAAGGUCUCCGCGUUGGAGAGCACGAUCCAGGACAGAGAAAAUGUCAUCCGGAAGAAAAACCUGGAGAUGGCUCGUCUGAUGAAGGACAACAAGCAACUGCAACAGGACUGGGAGAAAGAGAAGGACAACAACGCUGUUCAGAACAUUAAAUUAGACGAAGUGCAGGACAACUUCAACGACGUCAAGAAGGACCUGAGAGCGGCGCAGUCUGAGCUCAAAGAAACGGGAGACCGGCUGAACAAGAUGCUCCGGGAGAACGCCGACCUGGGAGAGACCAACUCCAAUCUCAAGCACAAAGUGAGGAGAUGUGAGCCAGACCUGAUCCAGGAGAGAGAGAAGAACAGGAACCUGACCACCUAUGUGAUGCGCUUCAAGGCCGAUCUGCAGGCGUGCACGGACUCCAUCUCCGAGCCCAAGAUCUUCGUGCGCAAAGUCCUCGACGUCAUUAGACACCACAUGGACACCGAGUCCAAAGUGCCAAUGGAUGGAAACACCGAGAUGGGGCUCAGACAAGCCAUCAAAGUCAAAGAUCAGCUGAUCGAGAGUCACAUACGGUGCAACCAGAACUCGUCCAGGGAGCUGAAACUUUGCAAGAAGCAGCUUUUUCAGAGAGAGGUGCGAAGCAACCAGGACCAGAGUUCCCUCAUCAGACAGAUCAACGACAUGACCUUGGAGCUGCACCACGUCAAAAAACAACUCACAGAAACAACUGUGCUUCUUAAACUGGCGAGAAGGACGCGGCUGCAGAAAGUAUCGUCGUGGAUGAAUAAAAACGUCCUGCCAACCAAUAAGGUUUCUCCAAUCGACGUAGAGGAACCCCCGUCCUGUCUCCCAGGGGACAAUACUGUGCACCGCCGUGCAGACAACACAUCGUCCUCACAGCCACGUCCUCAUCCAGAGGACGGCAUCAUUCACGUCAAGCCGUUUGUGGAGG